AUGGCAGUCACAAACUCGAGCUCUGACUCGGCGCAAAUGGCGCACGCGGCAGUAAGCAGCCAGAACAGCACGGCUAUGAAAGCAACGCGAUCCUCGGUGGCUUCCCACCAUCGGAGGCGGUCGCUACCACUGAAUUUCCAGGCGAAUCUCUGGAGCGGCGAUUCGCACCUGAUUUCUAGCUCCUCCAAGGCUGAGAUAUCUCUCGUUGAAGGCGCCGCUGGGGUUGCGCAACGCGAACAUACCCCAAGCCUUGACCAUCCAUUCGCAGUGCUCCACCAACUGCAUGCUUCCACGCCACCGCGAUCUCCGUCGAGGUUUCCCAAUCCCGCGAAUGCGGAGUUUUCGUCUCAUCGAUACACGAAGUCUGCCAGUGCGCGUAAUUCCACGUUCUCGCAGCCCGUAAUUGUGAGGACCUACUCCUCUCCCUCCUCGCGCCCAUCAUCGCGACAGCCGUCGUCGCCUCGGAUCAAGAAGUCAAUCUACAAGAUGACGAAGGCCGAGCUCCCCCCAGUCGAGGCGUUUACGUUUAAGGGAAUUAUGGAUAGCAUCCAAGGUUCCGUGGCAGAUGACUUGGAUCGCAUAGCCGAGAUCUGUGCGAGGAGCAGGUACAGCCUGAGCAACCAGUACGAGGUGCACAUGCCGCCUCACGGUGAAGGCGAAGCAUUCCUACGACCCGUAGGAGAUGAAGAGGUUGGCAGGACUACUCUUGCAGGAAGGGCAAGAGGGGCGAGGAGGCCGAAAUCAAAAGCAUUUGAUACUCUCGAAACUAUUUAUUCAAGCAGCAGGAGUAGCGAGGGAGAGAAGGCAAAGAAGAAAAGCGCAAUAGCGCUCGCAGAAGAAGUAAGAGGGAGGCAGGCCCGGAAACUAAUUGGUGAAGGUAGUAGGGCUGAUGAGGCUACGGAUGCGGAUGCGGAUGCAGAACAGUCCGAAGUUAACGGCAGCGGAUAUGGUCGAGGGAAAUCGACACAGAAGCACAAGCAGGCGCGCUCACAGUCUACAACAUUUGCUUCGAUGGUCAUGGAUAGCGUGCAAGCAUCGCGUUGUGAAGCUGGUUCCCACCGUGCCAGUCCAUCAUCUCUAGUCAGCGAACCUCUACUUCCACGAACGAGCAAUACACUCGAGCGGAAGAUCCAAGGAGAAUCCGUAACACCCGCCCCUCCGGAAACUAUCGCACCCCCGCCAUACGUGCCGAAAGCAUCAACAGCUACCCCUCACACGAAAUUCGCGAUGCCGAUCGAUCAGCCUGAGACUAGGGCAUCAGUGCUUGCGAAUUUCUCGAGCUGGCUGCCGUGGAAUAAAGCUUCUGAGAAUAGCGAUGAACCUGUCACUCCGCAGGACUUCAUGCGCCAGAAGGCGAUGUCGAGUGCAGAAGGCAGCUUGCGGCAGCUGUUGGGGCCGCAGGAUAAUGAUCGGAGUGAUCGGAAAGGCAAGGGAGUGAACCGCGAAGUCGGGUGA